AUGUGUCGUUCUCUCUCUCCGCGCAGCAACAGACCGAGGUUGGUACGCGCCGGCGUCGGUUUUACUGAUGUCAUAUCAUCACGUCGACUUCUCACUGUUUACACAUCACCCUCCAACGUUGACUGCGGCCAGCAGGACACUCAUUUCUACCUGCCUCGACACUCCGUAUUUUCGCGCUUACUCAACUUCAUUCUGCUAUACACAUCACAGCCGGGGUAUGUCGGAAUGGUUUGGAGCAGCCCUGCUAUUCAGGCCGCAUUACUGCACAAUAAUGGUCCUGUGAUUUCUGGGAACUCUUCUGGUAUAGCUAAACAAGCCUCAGAUGCCAACGGUACCGGAAUGACUUCAUUCGGAUUUAACGCCCCAUUCUCAGUGGCCGGAUGUUCGUCUUGGCAGCCAGUCAACCACGUCCUGUUUCAGUUGGCAAACGCUGCCCUCGGCAUUGGACUGAUGGCUCCCGAUGGAACAUAUGGUGUUCUUUUCCUGCAUAGCACUUUCCUUCUCGGUAAGGAAUUAUCCCUUUCAUUACUUCCCUUUACUUCUCCGCUGACAAAUUUUACCAAAACUGUUCAUUAUCUAUCUAUCUAUCUAUCUAUCUAUCUAUCUAUCUAUCUAUCUAUCUAUCUAUCUAUCUAUCUAAGAUCUAAGACUAUUCAUCUAUCUAUCUAUCUAUCUAUCUAUCUAUCUAUCUAUCUAUCUAUCUAUCUAUCUAAGACUGUUCAUUAUCUAUCUAUCUAUCUAUCUAUCUAUCUAUCUAUCUAUCUAUCUAUCUAUCUAUCUAUCUAUCUAUCUAUCUGGCUCAUUAGAGAAGAAAAGUUCUCCUUUUUUGUUUGUUUGUCUGUCUGUCUGUCUGUCUGUCUGUCUCUCUCUCUCUCUCUCUCUCUCUCUCUCUCUCUCUAUCUAUCUAUCUAUCUAUACUAG